AUGAUCGGAAAUGAUGCAUCGCGUUUGAGGAGGAGAGAAAGGAAACGAGAGGGGCCAUUACAGCAUGCUUGUACCUUGGCCAAGGAGUGCAUAUUGAAUCGAAAUCCUCAUCUUAAGAAGCGUCGUGGAAGAAGCUAUAGACAUCACACGCUCACUUCUCCGGCCAUUCACGGGCCCGACUGGAACAGGGCGUCGCAGCUCCUGCUUCGCUUGAGUUUAGCACUUCUAAUGGGUAACUUGCCCCCCAGGAGCCUGUCAAGACACCCCGCAGACGACGCGGGGCCCCGCUACACAGCGGGGGCCGAAGAGGGCCAGGCGGGCUCCCCUCCCCGCCCCCACAGGGCGCGCAGCCUCCGGGCCGCCUUCCUCGGGGACCCAGGGGCUCCCCGGAACGGGGGCGCGGCGCCUGGGUCCCCGGGCGAGAGGCGCCGGCGAAGUUCCCACCUGAGCCGGCGGCCGGAGGGGGCGCGAGUGUUACAACUUCCUUCCCUGCCCGCCCCCGGCCGCGCGGCCCCGGGACGCGGGAGGGGAGGGCGCCGGCGCGCCAAUGAGUUCACUUUCUUUCUCUCCCCCGCUCUCCCCCCUCUCCGCGCCCGCCGGCCCCUCCAGCCUCCUCCGAGGCGGCGGACCAGGCCGGGCCGGAGUUUUUGGGGCUCGGCCCGCGAGCGGGAGGACGGGGGAGGCGAGGGAGGAGGAAGAAGGCGAGCCGGGCCGGGUGAGGAGGCCCGCGGGGCGCCGGGCCGGGGAGCGGCAUCCAGGACGGUAACUGCGCGGCGGGCGGGGGACGCGCCGGGCCGAGUGUGCCCGAGCCCGGCGCGUACACGUGUCCGUGUGUGUGUGCGGGAGUGUGCGAGGGAGAGAGGCGAGGCGAGGCGAGGAGAGGAGCCUACCAUGCGCUUCCCCCGGUGCGGAUCGCGGGAGAGCCCAAUCGCGGGGCGAGCUGGACCUGGCUGUGAUCAUUUAUAAUCCUUGACUCCUCCGCUCCGCCACUUGUCAAGAUGACAGGUUCAUUGCUAGAGUUUCUGCGUUGGAUGUAUUAAGAAUCUAUGGGGAGCCAAGUCACUGAGAAGUAUCAGGUAUGCUGUGGGAUAACUGCCUGCAAGGGGCAGGAAGUGUCAGCCCCUCUGGCUAAUGGUUUUCUCUAACAGUUUCCCAUAAAACCACUGCUUCUGCAAUGUAUUUGGCAUUGGCCUUCACUAGAGGUGGCCUUCUUUACAGUUAAAGCACUUGGUGCCCACAAAAUAUCACACUCCACUCUAGAAGCUUCUUGGCACCUAUUCAAGAAAAGUAUUACUUAAGUAAUCAUAAGAUUAACUAAUAUUUAUUGGGAGCUUACUCUAUGUUAAGCAAUUGGUAAGCAUUUUUUUUCAUGUGUUCUUACAACCUUAGAAUUAGCAAACAGUAUGAUUCUUGUUUUACAAAUGGGACAGCUGAGGCACAGUGAAGUCUCCUAGGUUACCAAAACUGGCAAAGCAACGCAGCCCAACUUAGUUUUCUUUUUUUGUUUUUUUUUUUUUUUGAAAUAGGGUGU